UUGUCAAUGGACUAUUUGAGACGGAUCUCAAUCGCUUUCUGCAACGGCUUCCUGCGUCUCGGCUGCCUGGUUUUUUGACUUGUUAUUUCCAACCAGAAUCCUUCUGAUCCGGAUGAAGGGGAAAAGACAGAUCGGAGAAAGGACUAAUUUCCUAACAAACCCAAAAAAAAAAUGUCGUGAGUCUUGAAGUUUCGUGGAUUUCGUGCGUUUUGUAGGUUCUGCUGUUUUUGGCGACCACUUUCCAUUUGUAGUUGGUAGUCUUACUCAUACUGUGAGUGUUUAGUAAGUGUGGCACAUUAGAGAUUUGUAAGCUGAAAAUGUAGCAGGGAUACCCGUCGGCGAAACUGAAGUUGUGCGUGCUGUGGUUUUGAAUCAUCCAAGGGAUUCAUAUUGAAUAUAGCCUAUUUAUCUGUGCGCAGAGGUCGACUCGUUACCAGAUUCAUUCCAGCUGUGAAUCCAUGAGCCUUUUCAUGUUUGUAAAUCAUUACACUUUUAAUUAUAAGCUGACAUACUUAACACCCUCGAGGAAUAACUAAUGCAUUUCUGUAACUUCGGGACUUUUUUUUGAAUGCCCAUGUGGAAGAUAAUAUGAGUUUGUAUAGACCUUAUCUUACCUGAGUCUUUUGUGCCAUUAUAUCAUUUCCUGACAAGAUAAUUGUGCAACAUUUCAACAUAGACCACAUUCUCUCAAGUGACUUAGCAGUAUUUUUCUUCUUUUCCACAUGGGAUCCUAGCUGAGUCCACACGGCUUGUUUUCUUCCAUGUCUGUGGUCCAUUAUAAGCUCAGUGGACCUCAGUCUCUGUAAAGUUAUCGGGGACCUGCGGGCAUGGGAGAGGCGACCCCCGCUCAAUCCGCUGCAGGGACAUUCGUACCCAUGUUGGGCGUCGGUUUAGGAGCUAUGCCCGGUGGGGUCGGAAACGGGCCGGUGGUGGCCACCUCCAGGGGCUCCGCGGUGCCACAGCUGCACAACGCCAUCGUGGAGCGUUUGCGCGCCCGCAUAGAGCUGUGCAGGAGGCACCACUCCACCUGCGAGAACCGCUACCAGAGGGGUCAGGCCGAGAGCUCCGACCGGGAGCACGAGAGCACCCUUCACCUGCUCAACAUAGUCCACCAAGGGCCUGGGAACCGCAAGGCAAAGGGCAGCCGGGGAUCGAACCACCAACCUCCAGAGUACAGCAGAGCCAACGGGGAGCAGAAGGGAUCAGAGGGCGAGCAGAAGAUUUCCACACGUAUAGCGCUUCAAGGUUCCCUGCGUAGGAAGAUUGAGGGCCACGCACCAGGACACACACCGAAGCAGAACGGCCUCUCCUGUGGUUUUCCCGGCUCAGACUUUAAGCGAGUCCGCGUGGACGCUGGUGGUCUGGGACACGGGACCUGCAACCAUAACUUAAACCAGCCCCAUUCUCUGCAGGGCUCCUCGGCCAUGGGCAUGCAGAGGAAGAAUUACAUGAUGCCCCACGGAUUGGGGUCGGACAUAUUCAACAUGACCCUGAAAGAAAUGAAAAAAGAGCCCAUGGAGAUCCAGUCUUGUGGCCAGUCGAACGCGGAGAUGAUUUUUGACGAAGGUGGUGGUCAGAUUGACCCAGAGCUGCAGGAUCUGUUUGAUGAGCUGACAAAGUCAGUCCCCCCACUCAAUGACCUGGAGUUUGAAAAGAUGCUGAAGCAGGAUGAUACGUUCGGUUUGGAUCUAGGUCGGCCGAGCUCAGCAGGAGCAACUGCCAGUCUGUGCUCCCCGAUGGAGAAACAGAUAAAGACGGAGCACUCGCCAGAUUUCGGCCAGGUUCACUGCGGCUCGCCACAGCUGCGACCGGCCUCAGCGGGGCCCUCUUUCACGUUGACCAGCACCUCUUCCACCACCACGUCACAGAAAGCUAACACUCAGGCGGGACACCCCAGAGCCAUGCCCUGCUGGCCAGAAAUAUCCCACGCAGAGCAGCUGAAGCAGAUGGCGGCGAACCAGCAGCAGCCGAGCUCUCUUCUCCAUCACCACCACCAAACCCCACCUGUGGGACUGACCAGCUGGGCUCCUGCCAUGAGCACCCACUCCUCCACCAGCACCUUCCCCCAAGACAAGGUCUCCAGCCCGGCCCCACUCAGCCAGCAGAGGAUCGGGUCCCACAGCAAAGGGAUCAACAACUGCCUCUUCAAGUCGAACGGCCACAACGGCUCCCAUCACUUGGACAUGAAGGUUCUCAACACCAAGCCCACGUUGCACUUCAGCCCCAAAGCGCCCCACUCCGCCAGCCAGCCCAUGUCCAUCAUGGCAAAUCCGGUGACCAAGACAGAGCCGCAGCAGCAGUCACUGUCGCCGGGCCAGAAUCAGCCGCAUCCAGCUCACCACUUUCAGAACCAGCAGAUCGCCACGUCGGGGGCGCUUUGUCUGCAGCCCAAGUCUGUUCCUGCGGGGCUGCCAUUCAGACUGUCACAGCAGCGGCAGGGGGUUUUGACUGGUCCGAGGCUGCCCACUAAUGGGAGCUUAGGAGUCAUGUCAGCGCAGUCGCAGCCGAGGCCCUCGGCGCCCAACAACCAGCAGAAAGGCCCAGCGAAGGCUCAGGCCAUGCAAAGACAGCUGAACCAACAACAGCACAGCAUCAGCAACUCGGACAAAGACAACACACACGAUCAGUUCAAUCGCCAUCUGACAAGACCGCCGCCGGAUUACAAGCAAACGAGAACCAUGAUGGGAGUUCAGCAAGGAAACAUCUUCACAGGUCAGAAUUCCUCCCAGUCUGCCAGCAACGGCCCCGAGAACAGCCUGCAGUCCUUAACUUGUCACCUCCCGAGCGGUUCUGCUCCCAAGAUGAGCCCUUCGCCGUCAGACCGCAGAUUCAGCAUUGGGACGGACUGUCACCCGAAUCCUUGUAUCAGCCAGUUCCAGCAGCAAAACAGCCACAAUCGGAUUGGACUGAAUCAGAGUAAACCUCGGUUCCUGGGGCCAAGCGCUCAGGGAAAGUCCUUUGGGAUGAACAGCGUAGCAGGAGUACAACACCAGAGAGCGACAGCUGACUUGCAUUCCUCGGGGGUGGCAGGACAGGCUCUGGGAGGCCUGAUGACAAAUGCCAGCAUGGGCUGGGCCUCAGCCAACAAGCAAGUGACAGCUGGACUCGGCGUGAGGCGGCUUCCCAACCCGCUGCAGUCUCAGAGUGCGCAGGACCUGCCCAACCAUCCGUACCAGCAGCGGCACAUCGGUCCUCCCAACCAGGUGGCACCAGACAUCGGGAUGCUCCCUCUAAACCCGGCGAUGAGAGACACGGGCCCCAGACCGAACCAGGCCAUGAUGGGCUCUCCGUCAGCGGUGGGGAACCUGAACCAGGCGUCUCCCGAACAGAGGGUACCAGCAGGAAACUUUGCAGAACCAAGCCCCGGCUCGAGCAGCUACCAGAGCAACAGAGCCAACCGUCUGACCUUUGACUUCCUUCCAGAAGGAGACAACACAGUCCCAGGAAUCAACGCAGACUCAGACUUCAUAGACUCUCUGCUUAAAUCCGGCUCUGGGAACGAUGACUGGAUGAAAGAUAUAAAUUUGGAUGAGAUUCUGGGGAGUCACUCAUGAAUUACUAAAAAAAAAACUGACCCGCAGCUCAGAGUUCAGAGGUGGUGUAUGUAGAAGGUGGAAGGGAAAACAUUUGUACAUAAUGUUAAAAUGGAAUUUUAUAAACUCAUAUUAUUUGUUAUCAAAGUAUACUGAAGGGUUUUGUAUUGUAUUUACUGUGAAAGGAAUUUGUGUUCUGUCCUUAGUACUCUGCAUAUCUGUUCCUGGUAUAGUUGCUACGAAGCUGUACGUCAAGCUCUAGUGCUGUUCUAUAGGAUAAAAUACACAAUUCUCACUGUGAAAAGAAAACAUUGCUGUGUUGCUUUCGACUUCCUCUGAGUUUCUAAAUCUGCAUCCACUGUUAAGCAUGACAUGGUAUUUACCCUCUACAGUAAACACACACACACACACACACACACACACACACACACACAGAAAAUCUUGCCACAACAAGUUUUUAUUCCUUUUCGUUCGAGCCUUUUCAUCUGUGGUAGUUUUUGAUGCAGUUUAAAUAAUGUAACCAUUAUUUUUUUUCAUGUGAUAUUUAAUAAUUAUUGGGAUAGUAGUUAGGCAUUAUAAUACAUGUAAUUAAUAAAAUUUAUUUGAAUAAA